GGCUGCUGGGGCGGGCGCUGAGCUCGUUCUCAGCUCCUCCUGCCACGGAGGGAUCCGCAGAGCUCCGCUCCGGGCUGUUCCUGCCUCUCCCCUGCGAGGUUCUGUCGCAGCCCAAGAUCUCCCCUGGCUUUGGGUGCUGAAGCGACCCAGCAGCAAGUUCUCCUCCCAAAAUGAUGGAAAAUAAAGUGUUCCUGUCAUUCACGUUCUACAGCACGAUUCUGAUUUUAAAAAUGUACGUCGUUGCCAUCAUUACCGGCCAAGUGAGACUCAGAAAGAAGGCAUUUGCAAACCCAGAGGACGCCCUGCGCAAUGGGGGGCUGCAGUUCUACCGCCAGGACCCUGACGUGGAGCGCUGCCGCAGGGCCCACCGCAACGACAUGGAGAACAUCUUUCCCUUCCUCUUCCUCGGAGCCAUCUACUCCCUGCUGGAUCCCAGUCCCACUGUGGCCAGGAUCCACUUCCUCAUCUUCUGUGUGGGAAGGAUCGUGCACACCAUUGCCUACCUGCUGCAGCUGAGGGCUCCCACCCGCUCCGUGGCCUACGGCGUGGCCCAGCUGCCCUGCUUCUCCAUGGCCCUGCAGAUCCUGCUGGCCACCACCCCGCACUGGUAACAGCCAGGGAGGGCCAGCACCCAAACCCCCUCAUCCUGACUCUGCUGGGCCCCUGGAGUGGGAGAGAGUGAGAGAGAAUGAGAGUGUGUGUGAGAUGUCAGCAGGGAGGUCACCUGCACCCUGAGGAUGUUCAGUGCAGCCUUGAUGCCAUCAGGAUUUGUCAGAGGAGGCACCAGAGAGCAGGGAAAUGCAG